AAGGUGGCUAAAUGGUUUUUUUGUUAUUGCAUUGGUUUAAAUGUAAUAAUAUGAAUUUUAGUCGUAAGGAGACAGAGUAGGUUGAAUGGUGAACUAAGCGAGAAUAUUAAUACCAGAAGUUAGUCAGCGAGAUUGUGAAUAAACAGUUUAACCGAGAGGUCAAGAUAAGAAACAUUUAACGAGGAGCGUCUAUGCGGAAUAAUUCAAUAAUAACGAAAAUGUUCUGGUUUGCCAGCAAUUUUUUAUGGGUUUUAUUCCCGAUUUGUAUGGGGGAACAGUAUGGAUACGUCACCAAGUAUAUCGAUAUGCCUCUGGACCAUUUUAGUUUUACUUCGAGUGUUACGUUUAAGUUACGUUACUUAGUCAACGAUACUUACUACAAUGAUGAAAAUCCGAUCUUUUUUUACACUGGAAAUGAGGGUGAUAUCACCAUGUUUGCACAAAAUACCGGAUUUAUGUACGAUCUGGGGAAGAAGAUGAACGCUUUGUUGGUGUUUGCUGAACACCGAUUCUACGGUGAAACUCUACCGUUCGGCAACGAAUCCUACAACUCACCGGAAAAACUCGGAUACCUCAGCGCCCAGCAAGCGUUAGCCGACUACGUCUACCUCAUCGAUGACCUCCAAAAGCAAUACGUGAAGAACGGCAGCUCCCUCACCAAACUGCCUGUGAUAGCUUUCGGAGGUAGCUACGGUGGGAUGCUCUCGGCUUACCUCAGGAUGAAAUACCCGUAUAGCGUCGAGGGAGCUAUCGCUAGCUCAGCGCCCAUUUGGUCCCUCUCUGGACUGGUCCCAUGCGGAAGCUUCAAUAAGAUUUUAACGGAUGUGGUGAGAACUCAAGGGUCUGAGAGGUGUGUGGAUACAAUUAAGUCAUCUUGGAGUGCCAUCAGGUCAACGGGUACAACCGAUGCAGGCAGAGCAACUUUAACCGAGGAAUUCAGACUGUGUUCAAAGCUAAAUUCUUCAUCUGACGUCAAUGAUCUUGUCGACUGGAUCAGCGAGAUUUAUGGUAAUUUGGUCAUGGUUAACUAUCCGUAUCCCACGGAUUUCUUGGCACCUCUGCCCGGUCAUCCAGUAAAAGAAAUGUGCUCGCAAAUCGAUAGUGUAGAUGAUCCAGUAACCGCUGUGGCCAAAGGGCUGAAGAUCUACACCAACUACACCAAGAGCGUCAAAUGUAACGACCUCAACGCCACCGCCCUACCGAGCUUAGGAGAAUCUGGAUGGAACUUCCAGACCUGCACCGAUAUGGUGAUGCCGAUGUGCUCCACCGACGAAGAUCUAUUCGAGAACGCUCCAUGGAACUUCGAGGAGUUUUCCCUGAAUUGUGACGUCAUGUUUAAGGUACGUCCCAGGAGUGAACGGGUGGCCAUCUUGGAGUUCGGAGGGAAACUCAUAGAUUCUGCCUCUAAUAUUGUGUUCAGUAAUGGAUUGUUGGAUCCGUGGUCCAGCGGUGGGGUGAUGACUAACGUUUCCUCGCAAAUUUUCGCGGUUCUUAUACCGGAUGCGGCCCACCAUGCGGAUCUACGUGGGGAAAACCCUUUGGACUCCGGUAGCGUGAGGAGUGCCAGGGAGUUUCACGCCAACCAGAUUUCCAAGUGGGUGGAUAAGUUUUAUUUUAAGCGUUUGCCUUUGGAGGCCUAUUAUGAGAAGCAUGCGAGUUUUUUCAAGUUUUAGUGAGCGUAGGUUUGACGAUACAGUAGUAAAUAUAUUGAAAUUUUAAAGAA